AUGUUGCUGUUGAGACAAUGUAAUACACAGCAUCACAGAGGUAUUGCGCACGCCUCUGACAGGCAUUGGGUGUGUAUGUGUGUGCCUGCCUCCGUGCCUCGACCCACAGCCCAUAGCCUGAAUAACAUUAGGAGGAAAAUGGACGGAGUGGGUUCAUUUGGCGCUGGAAGAGCCGGGGCUGCAUUCGACCCUAUUGCCUUCAUUCAACAGCCGCAGACCAUCCUCAGAAUAUUAUCAUGGAUCUUCUCAAUGGUGGUGUUUGGAUCCAUAAUAAAUGAAGGCUAUGUCAACCAUGGCAGUGAGAGGCUCUAUUGUGUUUUCAACAAAAACAACAAUGCUUGCAACUAUGGGACCGCCAUUGGGCUUAUUGCCUUUAUAGCCAGUAUUUUUUUCCUUAUCCUUGACAUGAAGUUCCAGCAAAUCAGCAGCAUUAAAGACAGGAAGAAGGCAGUAAUGCUGGACAUUGGAUUUUCAGGUUUCUGGGCAUUUUUAUGGUUUGUCGGUUUCUGUUUUUUGGCCAACCAAUGGCAGCGCACCACUCCAGAUGAGCUUCCUUUAAACCAGGGAGCGGAUGCUGCCAGGGCUGCUAUUACCUUCUCCUUCUUCUCCAUCUUUACUUGGGCUGGCUUGACUGUAAGAGCAGUGCAGAAGUACAUGCUAGGAACCGACAUGUCCCUCUUCACCACAGAACACACGAUUGACGGCAUUCCACCCGUCCAACCCUACCCCACCGUCCCAGUCACCGAACCCACCGAUACAUAUCAGAGCCCACCCUUCACCGAAAACCUGGAAACCUCCAACACCGCCCCAACCUACCAGGUGCCAAUUUACUAGAGGGGUGACGGCUCCACGUGCAAUGUCUGAAUCAGUGUGGAUGGUUGGCACUGGUCAAACUGAAGUGGUGUGACAAUGUUCAUAGGUAGUACUGUUCUGUGAACUUCUGUACAAGAAUAUGUUGAUUGUGAUUUUACUUUUGUUUGGAAUAUUACAUGUUAAUUUACCAGUUGGAUUAAAACUGAUGGAGGGGUAUCUGUUUCAAUGUUAUAUAGGUACACAGUAUGUUUGCAUGUUAUAUUUAGAGAGCUAUGAAGUGCCAUGCAACACAAAUAGUAACUUGUUUAUUCAGUUUCCAUAAGACUGAAUAUAAAGUGCGAUAUAUGAUACAUGGAAUCAAUCAACUAAAGGAAGUUCUGUUUGUAAGGAUCUUUAACUAAAAGCUGCCAAAAUUGACUUAAGUGAGGUGUCUUCCUAUAGAGGGUUGAGUUCUGCUGUAGAUAAGCAUCUUAUAUAUCAAAGGGUAUCUCGGUGUAUAAAAAGAUAAACAUCAGUGUUUUGAUUUUGUAAUGGCACUAAGUGUGUUUUGUCUAGGCGUCAUGACAGUACAAAUCCAGAUUAACUUGGGUGGAUUUCUGUAGCUUAGGAUGUGUGAGUGUAUCAAACUAUUAAGGAUAAAUGUAUAUCACAGAGUUUUAUGUUGUUUUGAAAGUCAUUCGUUAUGUGACAUAAUAAAUUUGAUAAACACCAAAAUAUAUGUACUUAAUGAUAUGAUCAGCAUUUAAAAGAAAUCUUUUAUUAAUAUACAAAUUUUGACAAUACAACACUUGGUACAUUUUUAAAAUUAAGUAUAAUUUAAAAUAAAUGCCACUGGUCUGCAAAACGACGUGUUCGGGACUAUGAAACCCUUCAACCAGUUGUCCGUCGUUUAAAAAAAAAGCUGUAUGUUGACCAUCGGUGCUUCAUCUGAUAUGUGGUAGAAUUUUGGUAAUGUUUCUGUGUUCAGAGAUAUACACAAAAUACUAGUGAUUGUACUUCAAUAUGUGUAAAUGGAGUAUGUCUGUUGAAGUGGUCAGGGUCUGUGUGUUUCCUGUACUUUACACUGCACUCCUCCUAAAAUGCCUCAUGGACCAAUUUUACUUAAUGUUUCAGAAAA